AUGUUGGUAUUUUUUGCAUAUUCAGGAGAAAAUGAAACUGAUGAUCCCUCGGGCCUAAAUGUCACUGAUUCUGUCAACAAGGAUGAUUCAGAGAUCGCAAAAAGUGGCGAGGCAGUGAUUCAUACUGACAGUGCUGUCGCUGCGGAAAAUCAUUUGCUGGGCUGGGAUGCUUCUGCCACUUUAACAAUAUCUGCCAACAUCAUCCAGAAGCAUGAGCUUGUUCCUAGUGAAAGCAAUCAGAUACUUGAUCAGACAGAAAAGACAGACAUUGAAGGUGCUCAACAUUGUUCUACUUUAUUUAUUGCAAAUCUAGGUCCGAGUUGCACUGAAGAUGAACUGAAGCAAGUUCUUUCCCAAUACCCUGGAUUUAAUGCACUCAAGGUGCGUGCUAGAAGUGGAAUGCCGGUAGCAUUUGCUGACUUUGAGGAGGUUGAACAGGCAAACGAGGCCAAGAAUGCACUUCAGGGAAGCUCGUUGCCAUCAUCAGACCGGGGUGGCAUGCACAUAGAGUAUCCUCUCUCAAUACUUUCUGUUCUGCUGCUUUAG